AUGUAUCAUCAUAAUAAUCUAGCUGUAUCUCGUCGUUUAAUGAAAGAAGUUGGUAAAAUGUCUUUAUUUGACUUAGCUGGUUCAGAAUGUGAUAAAGACACAACAAGUAGUGACCGUCUUCAACAAUGUAUUCGAGUGCUCGGUCGUGGUGAUAGUUGUCAUGUACCAUUUCGUGGUUCAACAUUAACGAAAGUAUUACGUGAUUUAUUUAAUGGUGAUAAAUCAAAAGUUUGUAUGAUUACGAUGGUUUCACCAACAUAUUCUAAUGUUUAA